AUGACGUUCGGACACCUGUCACUGGAGGCGUGUGAGUGGCUGUUUCUGGGGAAGGGGGAGGCGAGAGAAUGGGCCGAGUUGCAAGAGGGGGGGAGUGAGGGGGGGGAAGGGAGAGGGGGAGAUCGGGAGGAGGCUGGGAAGGGCGGGGGAGGAGAAGAGGAGAAGAGGAAACGGAGGAGGGAGGGAGGGGGGCGAGAAAAGGAGAGUGGAGGGGGAAGCGGGGGCGGCGGCGACAGGGUGGGAGGAGAAGGAAGAAGGUCAGGCUCUUUGAGGGAAGACAGCCGGAUAUCUGUGGGGUAUGGUGGAGACCCAAUGGAAGAACCGCAAUCUGGGAGAGCUGCUGCUGCUGCUGCUGCUGCUGCUGCUGCUGCUGCUGCUGCUGCAGGAGGAGGAGCAAGCAGUGUCGCUCAUUCUGCUGCUCUUUGCAUUCAACUCUCUCUGCUUUGCUCGCUCGCCAUUCUCCAUCUCCCCGUCUUUGCCCUCCCGUUGUGGCAGGAAGAACCGCAUUUUGGGAGAGCUGCUGCUGCGAGAUUUCAUUGA